AUUCCGGACACGCAUCAACAUCCACUUAUAUAUUAGCUGCUUCUCAUCUCUUUUUUUUUUCGUGUAAAACCAAGAGAGAAAAAAAAAAUGGAGUCCACGAUUCGGCACAUUUUGGCACUCUUUUCAGUGGCAUGUGUACUAGUCGGAAGCCAUGCAGAGUUGCCUUCAGAAGACUACUGGAAAUCAGUGCUCGCAAACUCUCCAAUGCCCAGAGCUGUAAAAGAUCUCUUAACACCUGAGUGGCUAGACGACAAGAGCACGAGCGUGGGCGUAACUAAGGGAGGUGUCCACGUCAGCACGGGCCACCCCAAGUCAGGUGGCACCAACGUCAACGUGGGCCACGGCAGCGUUGGGGUCCACACCGGCAAACCAGGCCACCGCACAAACGUCGGCGUCGGCAAGGGCGGUGUCACUGUCGGCACCCGAACCCGCAAGGGCAAGCCAGUCUAUGUCAGGGUCAAGCCCGGUUACAGCCCAUUUAUCUACAACUACGCGGCCACCGAGACCCAACUGCACGACAACCCAAACGUGGCCCUAUUCUUCCUCGAGAAAGAUCUGCACGCAGGCCGCAAGAUGAACCUGCAGUUCCCAAAAACUACAAACAGGCCCGCAUUUUUGUCCCGCCAGGUGGCAGAAUCGAUGCCCUUUUCCUCAAACAAACUACCCGAGAUACUUAAAAUGUUCUCACUAAACCCCGCUUCGCAAGAAGCCGAAACCGUUAAGAAAACGAUUGAAGAAUGUGAGGAGAAAGGAGUAGAGGGAGAGAAGAAAGUAUGCGCGACCUCUCUCGAGUCCAUGGUUGAUUUCGCCACCUCAAGGCUCGGGAAAGACGUGAAGGCGAUUUCGACAGAAGCCGAGAGUGGGCGGGAAAUGGAGUACGCCAUUGUUGGGGUGAAAAAAUUGCCGAACGAGAGAGGACUUGUGGUUUGCCACAGGCAGGAGUACGCGUACCCGGUGUUUUACUGCCACGAGACAGGGAAGACAGCAGCAUAUGAGGUGGAGAUGGCGACAGCUGGCAGCGGGUCGAAGGCGGCGGCAGUGGCGGUGUGCCACCAGGACACGUCAGCGUGGAACCCUAAGCAUGUGGCGUUUCGGGUGCUCAAGGUGAAGCCGGGGAGUGUGCCGGUUUGUCAUUUUCUUCCGGAGGAUCAUGUUGUGUGGUUUCCUAAGGAUUAAGAGAGGAAAAAGACAGAGAAAGAGAUGAGUGUGCUUUGUUGAUAUGGUGUGUUUUGUGUUUUUGGAUGUGUUUUUUAGCAAAUCCUAGUGGAUGGGAUGAUGGAUGUCUGUGGUUAUGCAUGUGUUUGUGAUAUAUGGAUCUGAAAUGCUGUGUUUCUUUCAGAUAGUGAAUGAAAGCAAUAAAAAUGUAUGCCCUUUUGUGUCUUUAAAAUUUAUUGGAAAGGACAAGAAACACCAGGGUUUUCUUGAAAAGUAUCGUAUUGAGAGUGUGAUUUAUCAUUUAAGUAAAUUUAGAAACAAAUGUCAGUACUAAGUAUGGAAUCUAAUGGAACAACUACAGAAUUAACAGAUUACCUUUAGG